AUGAGUAAUGGUAUUAGAAAACGAUCAAGAAAUGGUUGUUUAAGUUGCAAAAGUUUAAAGAUCAAAGUAUGUUGUUAUAAAUAUUUGUUCAAUUUCAGAUAUUAACGAUAUUCAGUGUUCCGAGACAAAACCAAGUUGUGAAUAUUGUGUUCAUACGCAACGAAUAUGCCAAUAUCCAAAACCAAAACCACUAAAAAAGGAUUUGAAGAAGAGUAAACUCUCUAAAAUUGAUACCGAAGAAGAAAUUAUUAUCGAUAUUGACAAAGAUUUUUCACUAUCAUCUGAAUUAUUUGGUUCAAGUGAGGUACAACUACUAAAGAAGAAUCUACAAUAUUAUUAUGAGAAGCCAUUUCAACAUGAUAUCCUAACUAGAAACCUAGUUCUAACUCAAGCUACUUCAAUGUUAAACAUCUCCAGAUUUGAAUUACGGUUAUUGAAUUUUUUUGAUAAUGAAUGCAUAAAUUUAUUUUCCUAUGGUAUUAAUGAAGGUAUACAUAACACUUGGAAAUAUAAAGUACCUUACUUAUUCCUAGAAAGUGAAUUGGUACGACAGUCAAUCUUCUCAUUUGCUGCUUUAGGAUUAUCAACUACUUUUGAAUUAGAUGUUUUACAAGAUAUAGAUUCAAUUGAUUCAGAUACAAAUUUCAAACAAACAUUUAAGUUUGAUCAACUAGAUAAAAGUAAUAUCUUUCUAACUACUACAACUUACUUUCUUGAAGUAUUAACAAAGACUAGAAAUAUAAUGAGCAAUUCAGAUUUAAAGGAUCCACCAGUGGCUAAAGAAUUAACAGUAUCUUCAGUUUUACUAUUUGCAUUCCUAGCUGUACAUCCUCAUAAAAUGGUUCCACUAAUUAACUUCAACAAGGAUAAUGAAACUGCUGAUUUAUUAAGUAUUGCAAAGGGUGUACGAUAUACAAUUGUAGAAUGUGGUCCAACAAUUUUAAAUUCAGAGUUAUCGGGUUUGUUAUUUUAUAGAGGUAUUGAUAAAAUGGACCCGCCAAGUUUAAAUAAGUGUCAAUUUCCAAUAAUAAGAAACCUAAUGGAUGAUUUAUAUAAAUUUAAUGAUCAUGAACAUACAAUUUCAAAAGAUGCAGUAAUUGAGGAAAGUAUAGACUUGUUAAUGAAGGCAAUUUAUGGAGUGUCAUUCUUCAAAUUUCCAGUACCAUUAUAUAGAUGGUUAAUGAUUAUAUCUGAUCAAUUUAGAGAAUUGUUAUAUUUGAAACAUCCAUUUGGUUUGAAAGUUUUAUAUAUUCAUUCCGCAUUAAGUUCAAUUGCAAGAUUUCAAUUUUAUAAUGAUCAUAAUAUAUGGAGAGAUUACAUGAUAUGGUAUCUAGAUAAUGGAUAUUUCACUGGUGAUGAUCAUUAUUUAUCUUAUUUAUGUAUUGAAAAGCAUUUCUUGAUUGAAGAUUUUACAAAGUUUCCAGAAUUUGAUCCAGAGUUAGAAUAUAAGAAAUUGAUAAAUAGUGAAUAG